ACGUCACAUCCCUUUGAGAUAUGGAAAAGUGGGAUGUGGAGACCUGUGUCAUAAAUCGAACAUUUGCCGUGGCAUUUGGUGUUUGUUGAUGUUCUUGUUUUAUUUACUCGAGAUUGCACUGAUCUUCCUAUUUAUUUCCCCAUUAUGGUCAAGUGGUAUUUUUCAAAGGACAAGAUUUUAAACCGCACUCCGUCUCGUUCCAAUGGCGUUGACUACCCUACCGAAUGUAGAUACAGGAGGGAAGGAUGUCGCUUCAUAAUGGACAUGGGAAACAAACUGGGAUUGCGUUAUGAUACCAUGGCUACUGGAGUCAUUUAUUUUCAUAGAUUUUAUAUGAAGCAGUCUUUUAAAACAUUCCCACGUUGGGUCACAGCAUGUGCAAGUUUGUUUCUUGCUGGAAAAGUUGAAGAAACACCAAAGAAGUGUCGUGAUAUUAUUAUGGUUGCCAAGAAGAUGUUAAGUGAACAUCAUUUUCGUCUUUUUGGUGAUAAUCCCAGAGAAGAGGUAAUGAUGUCUGAGCGAGUCUUAUUGCAAACAAUUAAAUUUGAUCUUCAAGUUGAACAUCCUUAUGGAACGCUUCUCAAAAUUGGUAAACUUUUAAAAGGUGACAAAGGCAAAAUUCAAAAGUUAGUUCAAAUGGCAUGGACGUUUGUAAAUGAUAGUUUAUCAACUAGCCUAAGUUUAAGAAAGCGACCUGAAAUUUUGGCUAUAGCACAUUUUAAUUUGGCUGGAAGACUUGGUAAUUUUGACUUAAAGACUUCAACUGACUCACCUUCCAACAAACCAUGGUGGUUUACUUUUAACAAGGAUUGCAAUGAAAGUGCUGUUGAAGAUGUUUGUAAUGAAAUGCUGGAGCUUUAUGGUUCGUCUAAGAAGGAAAAACCACAGAGAAAGGUUGAACCAAGUCCUUCAUCAAGUCACUCAAGUCCUUCAAUUACCAAUAGUCCACCUUUCAAAAAAAAGAGGCUUGAUGUCAAAGAUGGAAAGCACAUGCCCCACUCCUCCUUUGCCUGCCAAAUCUGUUUCAAAGUUGACAAGUGUUCCACCACCUCCUCCCUUUACCACAUCUACACCAUUACAUGGUGUUAAGCCCACUAGUGUGGAUUCAUCUUAUCCUAUAUCAUCAAGUAAUGCUCUUUCUGGAUCCUUAAUUCAGCCUGCUAUGCCAUAUUACAUGACUGGUAAAUUUAAUCCUUAUCCUGUGAAUAACUCCAGUGAAAUUAAAAGUACUUCAACAACUCAUCAACCCACACCACCACCACCGCCAAAUAUUCAAAAUCCUACAGCUUUUGGUCAAUCGUUUGUUCCCAUUCCACCACCAAUGCAUCAAGCUCCUCCUCCCAUAGCAGGUCACCCUCAACCACCUCAGUCAUUGUAUACACAACCACCUCUACCUCACAUACCCCGAUUCCAAGCCACAUACAAAACCUUCAUCCUCAUACAACAUCUCAUGGUAGCACCUCUGCUGCACAAACUCAUAUACCCGCAGAUCUUCAACAUCCAUCAAAUCAAGCUUAUAAUAAUAGACUGCCUGUUCUUCCCCCACAUAAAUUAUAUCCUUCGAUGCAUCAUCAAGGAGGAAUAGCUCAGCCACCUCCAUUAAUGCCGCAGAAUACAUUACCCAAUAUGACAGCAGGUCCGGGAGGUAAUAAUAUGAAUUGGCAUAUUAAUAACUUUACCACAAGAGCGUCAAACUCACGAAAUAUGACGCGAGGAGGCUGGAUGAGGUGAUUCGUAUUCAUUUAUACGACCAUGACGUAAUAUCUCAAGAACACUGACUAGUACAACUUUUUAGAAUGUUGCUUGUAACGAUUAUCGAUUCUUUAUGCGUUACAAAUUUCGUUGAGAAUAAAGUUCUUUUUAUAAA